UGAUUUUGUUGCUCGCAAAUCUUUUUUGAAUACUACAAGUUCACGUGCUUCCGAAGUUUCAGAGUUCCUUGGCAUAAAAUCACACGAAAAUACUCACAUCAACCAUGUCUGCCUCCCAAAACCAGUCCAGUCUCAACGAAGCACGAGGUGCUGGAACAACCUUCGGCCCCGACGAUGUCAAUCCCUCCUCCGAAGCGACUCCUGGAAUGUCAGUAGGCUCCGCCACAGUAGCUGGCCAUGGUCAACACCCUCGGGACCUCGGAGACGACAGCAAUGCAACAAUGCCAGGAUCAAAAAUCGGACCACAGAACGAAGAUCUCGACGGAGAGCAAAUGCGCGCUUCUGGUGAAGGAGAAGUCAUGGAUGCCCAGUUCAACAAGAAGAAUGCGGGAUGGGGAGAGCAGGAGAGUAUGACAAGUGAUCUGGAUAGACAGAAGGCAGAGCAAAAGGGUGCUAGGGAGGAGAUAAAAGCUGCGAGAAACGAAGGAGCAAACGUAGAUGGAGGAGCGGGAAACAGGGUGGAGAAUGAAGGGAUGAACUCUGUCUGAGAUAUUUGGGGUCCAUAAAAGCAUCUUUUUGGGUAUUGUCAAAUCUUGUAUAGUACAUACCAAGCCUUAACGCCGUCGCAAUGCAUCAAAUCAUCCCACCCAAUACCUAGAAUUCCAUUUCUUCCACGGUAUCGUCCCCCAAAGAACUCAAAGCUGAAGACUGUCGCCGUGACGAUGGCAUCGUAGAUUCUGAGUUUAGGGGGUUCUUGAGCCUCUCUGCCCAUUCCUUUAGACUUGUGACCUCGCUGCCCUCGACCUUGAUAACCCUCGGUUCUGCAGGCUUCCCAAGUACGGUCCCAAUGUAUCUCGUCUCUGCGUCCGU